GCGGCCGGCGCAGGCGGCGGGGGGGGCGCCGCCGAGAGCCCCCCAGAGGGCGAGGGCCCGAGCCGCUUCGCGCACCUGCGGCUCUCCGAGGGGACUCAGCGGGCGAUCUCCGAGGGCUUCAAGUACGACGAGUUGUCCAGGGUACAGCAGCGGGUUCUGCCGCUGGCCCUCUCGACGGACAGUGAUGUCGUGGUGCGCGCCCACACGGGCACGGGCAAGACGUUGGCGUUCCUGGUGCCGGCGGUGGAGGCACAGCUGGUCUCGCGAGGCAGCGGGGGCGUGGGGACGCUGGUGGUGGCGCCCACGCGCGAGCUGUGCCUCCAGAUCGGUCGGGAGGCCGAGGUGCUGCUCGCCCCGCACCGGGCCGGGGUGGUCACCCUCAUCUCAGGGGGCGCAGAGGGAGCUCGCGGCAGGACCAGCUGA